GGGGGGAGGAAUUCAGCCGUGUCCUGGGGCUCCCGUGCGUGAAGGGUGAAGGAAGAGCAAGGCUGCCGUGGGCGUUUGCCAUCAAGACACACUGCACAGGAUCCCUCUUAUGAGCCUGCCGACCGCCGCCGGCCCGAGAUGUCAGCCGGUGACAAGAACGGGGGCAGCCGCUCCAGCAGCAGCCGCCUGCAGAGCAAGAAGCCCCCCAUCUCCAUCGUCAUCCCGCCCCGGGAGGCGGAGGAGGAUGGUGCCCCCAAGGAGCCCUCCAAGGUCCCCAUCUACCGAAAGAGCAAGAGCCUGCAGGAGCCGCGCCUGGAACGCCAGCACGGAUUCCGCCGGCAGACUUCCCUGUCCCAGAGCAUCCGCAAGGGCACAGCGGAAUGGUUUGGUGUCAGCAGCGACUGGGAGGGGAAGCGCCAGCAGUGGCAACGCAAGAGCCUGCUGCACUGCAGCAUGAGGUAUGGCAAGCUGAAGCCUGCCUAUCGCGACAUGGAGCUGCCCAGCCAGGAGGUGCCCUCCUUCCAAGGCACUGAGUCGCCCAAGCCUGCCAAGAUGCCCAAGAUCGUGGACCCUCUGGCCAGGGGCCGUCCCUUCCGCCACCCCGACGAGACCGACCGUCCCCACACGCCCCACCACGUCCUGCCCCCGCUCACCCCCGGCGUUGUCUCCUUGGCGUCCUUCAACAGCAUCCGCUCCGGCCACGCCCGCCUGCCCCGCAGGAAGAGGGAGUCUGUCGCCCACAUGAGCUUCAAGGCAGCUGCAGCCCUUCUCCGUGGACGCUCUGUCCUGGAGCCACUGGCUCCCAAGCGGAGGAGCAACAAGAGGAGCUUUGUGUACCCCAGCUUCAUGGAUGAGGACAUGGUGGAUGCUGCUGAUACCCUGGACUCAUCCUUCUUCAGUAAGAUGGACAUGCACGACGAGACGUACUCCAUGCCCGAUGAUGUCUUCGAGUCACCACCUCUAUCAGCCACGUACUUACGCAUGCACCAUGUGGGGGAGGAUGCCAGGGUGUCCCCCGAGGUGGAGCAGCCCACCUCGCGGGAGGGUGCCCGGCUCGCCUCGGUGUCCGGCGGCGCGGGCGCGGCCCCCCGGCGAGGCAGGCGCAUCGCCUCCAAGGUGAAACACUUUGCCUUCGACCGCAAGAAACGCUACUACGGGCUGGGGGUGGUGGGCAAGUGGCUGAACAGGACGUACCGCCGCAGCCUGAGCAGCAUGGUGCAGUCACAGCUGGAGAUCACCGACAGCCACCGGCCGUAUUUCACGUACUGGAUCACCUUUGUGCACAUCCUCAUCACCUUGCUGGUCAUCGGCACCUACGGCAUCGCCCCCAUCGGCUUCGCCCAGCACGUGACAACAGACUUGGUACUGAGGAACAAGGGGGUCUAUGAGAGUGUCAAGUACAUCCAGCAGGAAAACUUCUGGAUUGGGCCCAGCUCGAUUGACCUGAUCCACCUAGGAGCCAAGUUCUCCCCCUGCAUCCGGAAGGAUGGGCAGGUGGAGCGGCUCAUCCAGCGCGAGCGGGACCGGGAGCGCGGCUCCGGCUGCUGCGUCCAGAACGACAACUCGGGCUGCAUCCAGACCCUGCCGCAGGACUGUUCGGAGACACUGGCGACGUUCAUCAAGUGGCCGGGCAGCAACGCACCGGCCAUGGGCUCGGGGGAGAAGAGGACAUCAGGAGCUGUGUGUCACCAGGACCCCAGGACGUGCGAGGAGCCAGCAUCCAACCCACCCCACGUGUGGCCAGAUGACAUCACCAAGUGGCCGAUCUGCACCUACGAGACCAAAACCAACCACACAGGCUUUGCCCACCUGGACUGUGAGAUCAAGGGCAGGCCCUGCUGCAUCGGCACCAAGGGCAGCUGCGAGAUCACGACGCGGGAGUACUGCGAGUUCAUGCACGGCUACUUCCACGAGGAGGCAACGCUCUGCUCACAGGUGCACUGCCUGGAUGAGGUCUGUGGGCUCCUGCCCUUCCUCAACCCAGAGGUUCCUGACCAGUUCUACCGCCUGUGGCUGUCCCUGUUCCUGCACGCCGGAAUCCUCCACUGCCUGGUGUCGGUGACCUUCCAGAUGACAGUGCUGCGGGACCUGGAGAAGCUGGCGGGCUGGCAUCGCAUCUCCAUCAUUUUCAUCCUCAGUGGCAUCACGGGAAAUCUGGCCAGUGCCAUCUUCCUGCCCUACAGGGCGGAGGUGGGCCCUGCCGGGUCCCAGUUCGGCCUCCUGGCCUGCCUCUUCGUGGAGCUCUUCCAGAGCUGGCAAGUGCUGGAGAAACCCUGGAAAGCCUUCCUCAACCUCUCUGGCAUCGUCCUCUUCCUCUUCAUCUGCGGCCUCUUGCCCUGGAUCGACAACAUCGCCCACCUCUUCGGCUUCCUCAGUGGCCUCCUGCUCUCCUUCGCCUUCCUGCCCUACAUCACCUUCGGCACGAUGGACAAGUACCGCAAGAGGGCCAUGAUCAUCGUGUCCCUGCUGGUCUUCGUGGGGCUCUUUGCCUCGCUGGUGGUCUGGCUCUAUGCCUACCCGGUGAACUGGCGCUGGGUGGAGUAUCUCACCUGCCUGCCCUUCACCAGCAAGUUCUGCGAGAAGUACGAGCUGGAGCAGGUCCUGCACUGACCCUGCCGGCGGGGACAGGGCUGGGAGAGGAUGCUUUCCGUGGGGGAGACGGCAGCAGCUGCUCCAGGAUGGGGCAGGCCCUGGGCACAGCUUCAUCCUCAGGGAUGGUGGGUUUGGGGUCCUGCUCAGUGCCGGGGAUGCAGCGGGGAGCAGGCCUGAGCCAGCCCUGCCUUGCACCCCUUUGGGCUGCCUCCUGGUGCUGAAAAGCCAUAACUGGUUUGGGGACCAACUCCUGCAUGGGGAAAGGGCAAAAGGAUGUGGAAUUUUGGUGUAUCCACAGCCAGGUUGGACUCUCAGCCCAGGGGUGAAGCUGCUGAGGUCUCCCUGCCUGCCUGGGCCCUGUCCCGGCUCGGUGCCUCUGGGCGCUGCAGCUCAUACUGUGAACACGACCCCCUUUUUGCAGGGGCACUUCCUUUUAUCCACAGCUCUUUAGGCCCAGGGUUUCUCCACUUCAGGCUCCCUGGAGUCUCUGUCAUUGCUCUGAGAUGUUCAGAGCUGAGCUUCAAAGGUAUUUUUUCAGUCUUGUUCCCCCUGAGGUCCUGAAGGAGGCUUGUGCCUCCCCACCUGACUCCUCACUGGAUGGAGGAGGCAGGACUUGAGACAGGGGGCCUUAUCUUCCCCUUAUUUCAGUGAAAUUCCCUUUUUGGAAGGGGAGAAGUGGCACAGACCAUGUUUGUAGUGCCAUGGUGAAGUAGGCAGGCACAGAGAAAAACACCCUGGGGGGGUUGUGUGGCUGCUCCUGAAGCCCACAGACCUCUCGAGAAGCUGUUGGUGCUUCCACCUUCUGCCUUGAGUCCCUGCUGUUACUCUUUUCCCUUCAAAGCCUAGAGACCCAGGUAACUCUCCCUUCCUGAAACAGUGCUGGUCAGAUGGAGAAGUGCAGGAUGGGGCAGUUGCCUUCCCCCUUUCCUGCCUCCAGCCCUGAGCUGCUCUGCCAGCAUCUCCUCUGCCUUCCCAUCAGCCAUGGCACGAAGGCAGGUCCUUCCUGGGGUCCAGGUGACCCCUCUGGGCUGGUUUGGACCCAGGCUGGUGCCAGGAUGUCUCCCCUGUUAUAUGUUGCUUUGGUGCUGGAGGCCUCAGUGCUUUUAAAUGGGGGCAGGUGGAAAUCCCCCAGUUAGGAUGUCCUGGGAUGAGUAUUGAAGGGCUGGGAGCUUGGCUCCCUUUCCACAACCACUGGCCAGGUGAUCCCAGGAGCCUGUGGCAUCUGCAUCCCUCCCUCCGCCCAGGGCCAGUUUUCAGCCCUACUCAGUCCCUCCAGUUGCUGCUCCAGCCAAAGACAGACACUUCACCUCAUUUGUCUCUUUUUGAUACUUUUUCUAAAAGCUGUGGGUUUUCCCC